AUAGAGAGUAGUUGGGCAGUGAAGGGCUGGCUGCGCUCUGUGAGAUAGAGAGAAAGAGAGGCUUAGAGCUGAAACGGGUCACUUUAACUUAUUUAUUUUUGUGUAUUUUUUUUUACAGAUAAAGAACUAAAGGCCUUGUGAGAGUCGGUAGCAUGUGUACUUCAGUUUAAAGCGAGUUUUCGCCGUGUUUUUGCUGCUUAUACAUAAUAUAUUCGACUGAUUCCGACCUGCCUGGAGUACUUUUCAAAGUCGUCGUUUUCUGGGUGAAUGCGGUGAAAGGUUUCUCUCUUCAUCCCAUACCAACCACACCAUCUUUACCACCAUGCCAUUCCCCUUUGGGAAGUCUCAGAAGAACCCUGCAGAGAUUGUGAAGAAUCUCAAGGAGAAUGUGGCAUGCUUGGAGAAGCUAGAAGCAUCUGACAACAAGAAAUGUGAAAAGGUUGCUGAGGAAGUGUCGAAGAACCUUGCUUCGCUUAAAGAGGUUUUGUGUGGCACUGGAGACAAGGAGCCUCAGACAGAAGCAGUGGCCCAGCUGGCACAGGAGCUCUACAACACCAACCUCUUCAUCUCCCUCAUAGCCAACCUGCAAAGGGUCGACUUUGAGGGGAAGAAGGACGUGGUGCAUCUGUUUAGCAACAUAGUUCGUCGUCAGAUUGGAAGUCGCACCCCCACCGUAGAGUACAUUUCCUCCCACUCACAGAUCCUCUUCAUGCUGCUGAAAGGCUAUGAGACUCCAGAGGUGGCUUUGAACUGUGGUAUGAUGCUGAGGGAGUGCCUCCGUCAUGAACCGCUGGCCCGCACUGUUCUCUUCUCUGAAGACUUCUUCUGCUUCUUCCGCUAUGUGGAACUCUCCACCUUUGACAUUGCCUCCGAUGCCUUCGCUUCAUUUAAGGAUCUUCUAACGAGACACAAGAUCAUGUGUGCAGAUUUCUUGGAGACGAAUUAUGACCGAGUGUUUACAGAGUAUGAAAAGUUGCUGCAUUCAGAUAAUUACGUCACCAAAAGACAGUCUCUAAAGCUUUUAGGAGAACUCCUGCUGGAUCGGCACAACUUCACAGUCAUGACCAAAUACAUCAGUAGAGCUGAGAACCUGAAGCUGAUGAUGAACAUGCUGAGGGACAACAGCCGCAACAUCCAGUUUGAAGCCUUUCAUGUCUUUAAGGUGUUUGUGGCGAACCCAAACAAGACACAGCCUGUUUUGGACAUCCUGCUAAAGAACCAGUCCAAGCUGGUGGACUUCCUGAGCCACUUCCAGACGGAUCGCUCGGAGGACGAGCAGUUCUGCGAUGAAAAGAACUAUCUCAUUAAGCAGAUACGUGAUCUCAAGAGGCCCGCACCACCUGAGGAGGCGUAAAGGGAACAGGAGAUGGAAGCACGGGGCGAGAGGGAGAGCUGUGGGGUGGUGACGUGCUGUUUUUUUUGUGAAUGAGGGAGGGAUCUAGAGGGAACGACCGAAAGGAAGGAGGACACCUCUCAGUGAGAUACCAUUUCUUUGCCUAAGAGCGCUAUGAAAUGGGUAAACCUAUGUUAAUAGUCAGUGUGUGCAAACUCUGCCUUUCCUUUUCACUGAAGGACGAGGGGGAUUUUGCUUUGAGAGACGGAAGUGGGACCCAAAAUCUUUAUUUAUAUUCCCCAAUGUCUUUUUUUUUUCUUCUUCUUCUCAUGUGAAAACGUUAGAAAAACAUGAAUUCUGUUGAGCCUUUUGAUAUAUUUGAGACCAUUGUCUGUCUUUGUGCAACUCCAAACUACCUUAUGGAUACCAUCUAUUUUUGUUUGAUUUAAUAAUUGAAGUUAAUUCCCCAUGUUGUGGGUGGUAUUAUAAUGAAACAUCAAUUUAAAAAAUUGUCCAAAGAUUUAUUUUUAUAACUUUUCCCCCUUUAAUAAGGGAGAAUAACACUUUGUGCUGCAGGGUCACUGAUAGAGCCUUAAUAGUCAACCCUGCUUUAAUGGUACUGUGAGGUGUUUAAAGCAAAUGUCUGAAACAAAGCUUAGUUUUGGAAAAACCUGAGUACCUUAAAGUAUCUCAGCAGCAGAUCAUCAGCCGGCUUCACCAUCAGCAGUGUUCUGGUCUGUCAUUUCUCCCAUUGUGGUACAGGCUGUUGGCUGGCACAGGCAUCUAUUGGUUGAUGUAUCAGAGCUGUAUUGGCUGCAUAGUGAUAAUGCAUUUUGGCGUCAGUUUAAAAUGUAUUGGAGGAGGCAUUCUCUUGUUCUUAGCCUUUUUCUUGUGUCAGGAGCAUUGCAAGUGAUGGCAGGAGUCAUAGUAAGUGGGUGGGUCAGUUGACUGAGCAAAAUUGUGGAGAAAAUUGGGUGAAAUGGGAAAGAAAUAAAACCCAAAGCUUUGUAUAGCCUUAACUUUUAUAAAAUUAAUCAUGGGGCAGUUUCCCAGACAUGGGUUUAGCCUAGAAUGGACUGAUUUGCAAUGCUGGUGGUAUAUUCCCCCCCUUAAAAGUCCAAUUUAGGCUUAAUCUGGGUUGGGGAAACGUGUCUUAUCUGUGUGUGUGUUCUGUUUUAAACCAGAGCUCAUCUUUUUGAAAGUUAACUUUGGACUAGUAUGCAGUACAGUUCAGAACUGCCAGGCUUUAUCAGAGUCUUGUUUUUUUCUGAUUGAUCUUACUCUUACUUUCUAGUCUAACAGGCUACAAUAUUUAAAAAUUUAGCAAUCUGUUCAAUAUGUAUACUUUCACUUUCCCAUAACUUUGUAUUUAUAGUGUUCUUCUGGUUUCACCAUGGUAAGCACAUUAUUUGAACUAAAUGGGGGAGGCUCUUUAAUUAAAACUGAUUUUUAUAAUAGAGAUUAAUUUAGUUUUCUCAUUUAUCAGCUGUGUAACUAAUUCUGAGUUUGUAUAAUUCCCAUGGAUUUAAGUGAUUUACAAGAAAAUGGUACGCGUGAUGGAACAUUAACCCCCGCCCCCACACACACACACACACACACACACACACACAGCGUAAUGUUGUAAAAAUGACGAGUGCAGGUCCAAAUGAAACGUUUCGAUGCUCUACAGAUUCUGCAUUUUGAAUUACAGCUUACACUUUCCAAAGUACAGUCCGAUAAAGCCAUUAAUCUGACUAUUAAUAUUAAUAUUAUUUUAACCCAACACCACGUCGAUGUUAACAUUGUCUGCAACUGUCGAACUUGAAUGAGCCAAAACUGUGGUAACAGCUGUUACAACUUGCGACUGUAUUUAGCGCCUCAAGUCUGAUUUAUUCUUUUCUUUACCUCUCGGUAGGUUUCUCUCUUUUUUUUUUUCUUUUUUUUUUUUUGAACGAAAAUGCAGAACAGCAGGAUUCUACUGAUAAAAAAAAGACCUGAAUUAAGUUAGUCAGUUUACCUUACGCUGAGUUUAUUUUAUUUUAUGUACUCUGUUUGCACAAUAUCUUCUCUUAUAUACCUCAUAGGUUUGAGUUGCUUAAGUGCUGUGUAAUGUUUUUCUUUCUUUUUUUUUCUUGACAUGUUGUUUUGUGUUAUAUUACUGUGGAUGCAGUAGUGUGAAUUUAUGCAAGCAAAAGUUAAGACCUUAAGUUGUGGCCUUCAGUUGCUAAUGGGAUUUGUAAGGGAAGAUCUGAAUAAGGAAUGCACAGAAAAUAUACGCAGAUUGCAAGAAAGCACUUCAGAGUUCGGACGAAUAAGUGAAAAGUCCAAAUAUUUUACACCGAACAAUUAACAUUUUCUUUGAAAAGCAAGACAAAAGUAUAUACAGGCUAGAGACAUAUUUUGUGUUAACUACAGCUCUGGAACAAAAAUGAGACCACUUCAGUUUCUGAAUCAGUUUCUCUGAUUUUGCUAUUUAUAGGUUUAUGUUUGAGUAAAAUGAACAUUGUUGUUUUAUUCUAUAAACUACAGACAACAUUUCUCCCAAAUUCCUAAUAAAAAUAUUGUCAUUUACAGCAUUUAUUUGCAGAAAAUGAGAAAUGGCUGAAAUAACAAAAAAGAUGCAGAGCUUUCAGACCUAAAAUAAUGCAAAGAAAACAAGUUCAUAUUCAUAAAGUUUUAAGAGUUCAGAAAUCAAUAUUUGGUGGAAUAACCCUGGUUUUAAUCACAGUUUAAUGCAUCUUGGCAUGUUCUCCUCCACCAGUCUUACACACUGCUUUUGAAUAACUUUAUGCCUUUACUCCUGGUGCAAAAAUUUAAGCAGUUCGGUUUGGUUUGAUGGAUUGUGAUCAUCCAUCUUCCUCUUGAUUAUAUUCCAGAGGUUUUCAAUUUGGUAAAAAAAAAAAAAACCUCAUUAUUUUUAAGUGAUCUCUUAUUUUUUUCCUGAGCUGUAUACUGUCGUAAGAAAUGAAUGCAAAAUAUGGGGAUUUUUAAAGAAUGGAUUGAGUCUGCAUGACGUCCCUACUGAUGUGGGAAGUGGAGGUCUCUAGUAGAAGUCUCCAGUAACUCACAUAGCACAUAGAUAAGUAUGUGAACAGCUAUGUUCAUGGUUGUCAUGCAGCUGGAUGUCUACAUGAAUACAUGGCCAAUAAGCAAGUAUAUCUCUAGCCUUAGGCUAUUUAAUUUCUGCAGUUGUAAAAAAAAAAAGUGGCAGGUCUGAUAAAAACGUGUUCUGUAUUUGAUAUUUGGCCAAAUGUUUCAUUUUGUUUGGUUUUAGUUUCAGUUUCCGGCUAAAAUGUUAAUUUCAAUGCAUCCCUAAAAUGAACUGUUAUAUUUGCGCGUUUGGUCUUUUGGAUGCCAUGAGCGUUAAGAGAUUCUCUCUGUAUUUGUGUGAAUGUGCCACAGUUUUAAUCCAGCAGGUUUAAGUGGGAUUUAAGUGAAAUGUCAGUCUCUGAGUCACUUCAGUAGUGUAGUAGGAUGGUGCUGAAUCCAGCAGAUAUGAAUUGAAGAUUCAGAUUCUAGAUUAGGAUGGUAGGACACAGUGUUUGAUUAUGGUGGGGGGUGGGGGGGGGGGAUACUCUAAAGCAGGGCUGUUACACCUUUCUAGAAAUGUGAAUGUCGAGUGAUUGUCAGAUUUUGUUAGUUGAAUGUUUUGAGUACAAUGUGCAUAAAAUGCCUUUCUUAAAAAAGAGAAAAAGGAGGUAAAGAAAGUUAAUAUUAACGUCUUUCACGCAGACGUGCUGCAGUAAAUACCAAAGGCCCAAAACAUUAUAAUUGCAACCAUUACAUUAGACAAAAAAACAGGAGCAGAGCUGCAGAGGUGGAUUUAAUUCUCCAAAAUAACAUUUUUCUUCAGGGUGAUCAUUUAGUUUGAAUGGUAUGAAAAUGCCAGUGUGUUAAGCACAUCAUGACUGUCGUAAUAAAUCACACACACACACACACGCACAAGUUGCUGUGGACAAAAUAAUUUAAAUAAUUUCACACAAUUUCUCACUAAAUUACUGGGUGCGGGCUUCACUUCAUUCAGGGUCGGGCUGAAAAUGUAAUGCUUUGCUCACUUUUUCACUUUGGUUAUCCUUUCUUUAUUUUCUUUCUUUUCCUGUUUUCUUUGUUUUCUGUUACAUGUUCCACUGUGGGGGAGGACUAGAUAUGUACAUAAAAAUUUAUUUUAUGAAAUAAAAGUGUGGCGGCAUAUUGGAAGUAA